AGCUGGCGGGCGGGUGAGGCGGCCCGGCGGGGCCCGCGGCAGGGAGCCGGCUGUGGUCGCGCACCGCCGCCCCGGGCCGCGGACAGCCACCAACCGGCGGCUCCGCCCGGGGUUUGGCUCCAUAUCCCCCUUCGGUGCCUGCCGCGGGGCAGGGGGCGGCUGUGGGGCCGUGGGGACACCAGGCAGGCAUGGUCGGCUAUGACCCUGAGGCUAAGUGCGUCUCCACGGUGGAAGCAGCUGCAGCAGGAUCAGCAUCCGGCUUGGUCACUCGGGUCCUUGUCAGCCCCUUGGAUGUCAUCAAGAUCCGCUUUCAGCUUCAGAUCGAGCAGCUCUCCUCCAGAAACCCAGGGGCUAAGUAUCAUGGCAUCUUGCAAGCUGUACAGCGUAUCUUCCAGGAAGAGGGGUUGGUAGCCUUCUGGAAGGGCCAUGUUCCUGCUCAGUUCCUUUCAGUUGGCUACGGAGCUGUUCAGUUCAUGGCGUUUGAAAGCUUGACGAAACUGGUGCACAUCACUACCUCGUACAAUGCCCGUGAUUCCUUUGUGCACUUCGUCUGCGGUGGACUGGCUGCUUGCACGGCCACUGUUGCAGUUCAGCCUGUUGACACGCUACGCACCCGCUUUGCUGCUCAGGGUGAGCCUAAGAUCUAUCGCAACCUUCGCCAUGCAGUUGUGACAAUGUACCAGACAGAAGGGCCUCGGACUUUCUAUAGAGGUUUGACCCCCACAAUCAUUGCUAUCUUUCCAUAUGCUGGUCUCCAGUUCUCCUUCUACAACAUCCUGCAACAGUUUUCUGAAUGGGUGAUUCCAGCUGAAGGAAAGAAAGGAGGCAACAUUAAAAACCUUGUUUGUGGCAGCUGCGCUGGAAUCAUCAGCAAAACCCUCACUUACCCUUUUGACCUAUUCAAAAAACGACUGCAAGUGGGUGGUUUUGAGCAUGCCCGGGCAGCCUUUGGGCAGGUACGGAUGUACAGCGGUCUCCUGGACUGCAUAAGACAGAUCAUGCGAGAGGAGGGCCCAGGUGGAUUCUUUAAGGGCCUUUCACCCAGCUUGCUGAAGGCUGCUGUCUCUACUGGCCUUGUCUUCUUUUGGUACGAGCUGUUCUGCAGCCUGCUGUGUGCCCUGAAGAACGCAGACAGCACGGCGAGGAAGGAAGGCUGAAAGGGGCAUGUGUGUGACUACCUGGUGUUCCCCUGGAGGAGGGGAAACUGAUGGCUUUGCUCUGUCAUGAGCAUGUUGGAAAUGUCAGAGCUCCCGGAGCUCCAUCAGCCUGUAGCAAAUCACCUCCCGGGACCAAGCAGAAGGAGAAGGUGACUGCAGUUCUGCUGAAGACACUGAACUGCUUUGCUGGAAGCUGUUCAGCUGAGCACUUUUUUACUCUGUCUCCUCUAAUAUCAGCACACGUUUAGUGGGAAGAGAGGGGAACCAAGCAGACAACUACCUAGCAGAGACUGUGCUCUGAAAAGGCACCUGAUAAAGUGGGUCAAUUCCUGUGCUUGCCCUGGAUCACAGAGAGGGAUCCUGGCCUAGCUAGUGCUGCUUAACCCACGUAAUGUCACUUCCUAUCCCUGCAUCUGCACAGCCUUGUUUCCUUGCUUAUGGCCUGCUGUUUGUGCCAUAUGCUUUUCUCCAUGUUGCACAGAUAGCUCUGUCCUGCUGUUGUGAAGUCAGUGAAAAACGCUUCAGCAUACACAGAACCUCGGGUUUCCUUUUCUUUGCUGCCAGCUGCUGCUGCUUGAUUACCACUUGCUGGCUGCGUAUUCUCAGCCACCUUAAAUGCGGAAUCUUCUGGUGGAUUAUGCUGACCCAAACUUGCUCUUCCUUUAACUCCGAUGAGCUUGGUUGGAUCCUAAGUGCCCAUUUCUCUUUCUGCGCGUCUUGCCACACAUCUCUUAGGGCUUUGCAUGGCCUCAGUCACACUUUUUACUAGUAGACCUGCAGGUUAAGAAUCCUACUCUAAGGGGAUUCAAUGCACAAGCCCAAUUCUUACUUCAGGGUUGUUUGCUUCAAUGCAGUGAGUAAAUAAAUGCUGUAUAGAGUUUUAGAAAUAUUUAGUCUAAGUUGGAAUACUGAAGGAAAAGUCCUGUGGAAAUUAACAAAUGUCUUUUUUUUUUUUUAAGUACCACUUUUCAAUGUUUCUAGCAAGUAUUUCUGUAAUGGCCUCAAAACAUUUCUGAACCUCAGUCCUACAGAGGUGCUAACAGAUGAAAAUGUGUUGACAAGACUAGCGAAGUGAGAGGACUGAACAUCAAAUCACAACUGGUUGGCUUAGUGCGGUGUUUGGCAAGAAAAUGAUGAUUGAAUUCGAGUUGGAGAAGUGUUUUUCUGGAGUUUCAAAGGUUUUGUGAAUGAUUUAAAAAGAAAAGUCCAACUCUGAUUUACGUAACAGGGGACAAGAGGAAAAUUACUUUCUUCCUCCUCUUUUAUUCUGUUUUUUCAAGCUGAGCAGGGUGUGGCUGGACCAGUGUGUGGAAGGAAGAGCCUCUGCGAUACAAAAGCAUGUUAGUCAUCUGGAGUGGUGGAUGGGCAGAGCACUGCAGUUAUCUAGAGGAUUAUUUGAUGGUUCUUCUCUUAAAGCAGAGCUUUUCGUGGCUCUUUUGCAAUAUUCAGGGUGUUAAUCCCAAAUGGCCUGGCCAAAUUCCAGUGUGACCUGUUCCAUUCUGUUGACAUAAUUUCUCCUGGUGAUUUUGAGCAUAUCGGCGUUGCUCACUUAUCCUGAUCUAUUGUGAGAGGCUGUUUUUAAAGAGCAGCUGUUUCACUGCUGGCUGAUAUCUAGAGAGAUUGCUUGCAAGCCUGGGCCAAAUAACUUUGUGUCUGCUGUAGUUUGAGAUCUUGGAGUGCAAAGUGGUUGUUUCACUGCAGGUGACUUUGAGAGCUAUAUGAAGUUAAAAUCACUGAGCAGUGUCAGUGUUGGGCAGGAGGCUAAUAUAUGAGCCUCGAAGCAGGAGUGUUAGCCGCAUGGACUCUAAAAAUGGGCAGUUUGGCUUAGAGGAGAAAAUACAAGGAGUGUGGAGUAAAGUUUUUCAAAGUCCCUCAGUCCUGUUGGCAUUUUCCUGUGUUAUUUAGGCUCUUCUGAGAUUCCCCCAAAAUCUUCUCAACAAUAUUUUCGCUUUGUUCAUUAUUCAUCUGUUGUUCUUGGAAAGACAUCAGAACCAGUAAUGAGCUUAGCCUCAUGACAUCCUUUUGAGGGAGAGAAAUCUCUCGUUUCGAAACGGACACAAACAGGUUGGGAUUGUUACUGGCUCUUGGCUGCUGGUAGAGAGGAAUGCUGUCGUGGUUAGCAGGGACAGGACUGGCCACAGCAGAAAAUUUUCUUCCAUAGGAAAUUGGGACUCAUCCAUCCUGUCUAAACAUUACAAGACUCUUGUUUUCCGUUUUAUGUCAAAGACCUGCUGUUAAACUGCACAGAAUAGGGACAGAGUGGUCAGGAACUCAGCAGUGGGAAUUGCAGCCCCUGAAAUAGGGGGUGAGUUGCUUUGGUUGUCACAGGGACAAAGAGUAAAGAACAGAAAACUGCUCUGCUAAGAUGAUGUUCCUCAAGUGUGCUGUGGAGCUUAAGGUGAUGCAGGUAAACAGCCUUAGGGGCAUGCAACUUGGCUGCUCCGCAGAGAGGGCAGCAGCGGGGAGUACAGAGCAGCUCCUCCUCUCUGGGACAGUUUUUCCCUCCAUUCUGCGUUAAAUGAGCUUGCCUCCAUCCAACAGAUGGCAGAGUCGGAGUUCAAGUUGUUGCUCAGUCUGGCCCAGGCUGUGGAAGACACUCCCUGGUCGGAGUGGCACGCAGAGGGCUUUGGCACGCAGCCUGGUUUAUAUAUCCCUGUGGGCUGUUAGUCAUCAAUGUUAUAGGCCCAUAAAGGCAGCUGGUCUUGUAGCGAACGAAGGAGAAAACUGACAACUUCAACUGUACAAUAUUGGAAGUUGCAUCCAAGAGUCACUCAUAAAUUUCUGACGUGCCCUUUGCUAACUGGGAGUUGCUGCUAGGGAAAUGACUGGAACAGGAAUAUUGUUUUCUUUUUGGGAAUCAGACUGGCUUAGUGCAAAGCGCUAGGAGGACAGGUCUUAUUUCUGAUCCCGCCCGGGCAAAACACAUGCCAUUUGGAGCUAAAUGUCCUAGAAUUAGAGGAGUGGGAGCUGGGAGAGAUCUGUAGUCACCUAGUUCUCCUGUAUGCUGGAACAGAUUAGCUCUCAGAAACUACACACCAGUUUCAAGUGACUCAACGCGGUGAGACUGCGCCCGUUGGGAUGGCUGGGAUUUCACUCUGAUGUAAUCUUAUCAGUGGGGAUUCGCGUUGCCUGCAAUUCACCUCACAAGCUGCUCAGCAAUUGCGUUGGUUUUCUUCUAGUGCCUUUUACCAUCAGAAUGUCCAAAAGCACUUUACAAGGCGCAGCGUUUGAGACAAGUUGUGCUGUGGUUGUUAGGGGAUCCACCAUCACUCUUGGCUGCCUCAGAGAACAUUGACGCACAAGUUCUGUGAUGAAUGCACUGUUUCCUGCAGCGCUGGCUGGCUUGCCGAGUUCCUAGGACACUCCUGUUCUCAGGAUGCUCAUCCAGAGCUGCAUAGCAUCAUUUUAUUAAUGUUUUACAGUUGGGUUUGGAAUAGAUUGUAUUUCUUUUGGGGUGAAGUUUCUUUUGUGAUGUAGAACUGUAAUUCUCUGCGGCAUUUUGCUGUGUUGCCUGAGUGGAUCUUUUGCAGCUGCUGUUGUCUGAAAGCAUCCGAGCACAGUGCGCACAAGGCGUGCCUACCUUUGAGAAAAGGUACAUUAAAUAUUUUGUUAUGCU